CGCUCCGUCCCCUCCGCUCCUCCAUGGUGCGCCUCCUUCCGCGGCCCCCUAUUCGCCUCUGGAUUCUGGAAUUCGCUCCCACCAUUACCAAGAUCUAAAUCCGUCGAUUUCGAUCCCUUCGAUCGAACUCGAAGGCGAAGCGAAAGCGGAGAAUCGAAGGAUCACCGCCAAUGGCGAUGGCGCGUCUUCUUCUUCGUAAAACCCUCUUCGCCUCCUCCUCCUCCUCGUCUUCCUCUUCCGCCGUAGCUCCUCUUCUUCAUGAUAUCAUGAGUUGCUCGGUGGCGAUAAAUACGGAUCUCAACGGCUUGUUGCAUGCUUGGUGCAACUUAGGAUUUUUGUGUAGCUACCACAGCUCUGCAAAGUUUGACUUGACUGAUUUGACUCGUCCUCACACUUGGUAUCCAAAUGCUCGAAGAAAGAAGCGCAAUGUAUUUUUACAUGUGGGUCCAACUAACAGUGGGAAAACUUAUAAUGCGCUAAAGAGACUAGAGGCAAGCUCCUCAGGAUUAUAUUGUGGACCUCUAAGAUUGCUUGCAUGGGAGGUGGCACAAAGAUUAAACAAAGCAAAGGUGCCCUGUAACUUGAUCACCGGACAGGAGCGAGAGGAGAUUGAUGGUGCGAAGCACAGUUCCAUAACAGUUGAAAUGGCUGAUGUGACGAGCGAGUACCAGUGUGUAAUUAUUGAUGAAAUCCAGAUGGUCGGUUGUAGAACGAGGGGUUUUUCAUUCACACGCGCACUGCUAGGGAUUUGUUCUGAUGAACUUCAUGUGUGUGGCGAUCCAGCUGCCGUUCCUCUUAUCCAGAGAAUACUUGAAGUAACUGGCGACGUGGUUAAGGUUCAAUAUUAUGAAAGACUCUCCCCGCUGGUUCCUUUAAAGUUCCCACUUGGAUCGUUCUCCAACAUCAAGACUGGAGAUUGUAUCGUAACAUUCUCUCGACGUGAGAUAUAUAAGUUAAAGAAAAAAAUUGAAAAUGAUAGAAAACAUCUUUGUGCUGUAGUCUAUGGCUCACUGCCCCCAGAAACUCGAACAAAGCAGGCAACAAUGUUCAAUGAUGAAAGCAGUGAAUUUGAUGUUCUAGUAGCCAGUGAUGCCAUUGGAAUGGGUCUUAAUCUGAACAUCUCUAGAAUCAUUUUUUCAACUCUGAAAAAGUUUGAUGGUUUGUAUACUCGGGAACUCACUGUCCCUGAAAUCAAACAAAUUGCAGGAAGAGCUGGAAGAUAUGGAUCAAAAUAUCCUGUUGGUGAGGUGACCUGCGUAGAUGCUGAUGACCUGCCUUCGCUACAUUCCUCUCUUGCAUCUUCUUCCCCUGUUUUGGAGCGAGCUGGACUUUUUCCCACCUUUGAUCUUUUGUCCAUGUAUUCACGAAUGCAUGCGACAAAUAAUUUUCAUCCUAUAUUGGAAAGGUUCUUGGAGAAGGCAAAGUUGUCUCCAGAUUAUUUUAUUUCUGACUGUGAAGAAAUGCUGAAGGUUGCUGCAGUUGUGGAUGACUUGCCUCUUGGAUUAUAUGAUAAAUACCUUUUCUGUCUAAGUCCAGCGGAUAUGAAUGACGAUAUCGCAGCUCAAGGUCUAAUUCAGUUUGCAGAAAAUUAUGCUAAGAAAGGCAUUGUUCGACUUAAAGAAAUAUUUACACCUGGAACACUGCGAGUGCCUAAAUCACACAAUGCUCUGAAGGAACUUGAAUCCAUUCACAAGGUCUUGGAUCUCUAUGUCUGGUUAAGCUUCCGGAUGGAAGAUUCGUUUCCAGAUCGUGAGUUGGCUGCUUCUCAAAAGUCGAUCUGUAGCUUAUUGAUUGAAGAAUUUUUGGAGAGGUUAGGAUGGCAUAGCCAACGAAGACGAAACUAUGACCAUAGUCCGCAGCACCUGCAACAGAAAUAUCAGACAACUGAACUACGCAGGUUCUUUCCAGAUUUAUGAGUGGACUCUCAUAAAUACCAACUUUUAAGGUUUUAACUGAAAAAGAGAGCAUAUCCACCCACCUCUUCUGAUUGUUAUAAUAGUUGGCGAGCAAUCCAAACUUCUUCCCCAGUGCUGGAUGUCAAUAGGUUGUCUUCUUUGGAGAGAAAAUCAGGAUUUGGGAUAUAUUUGUGUAACUUUUCUGCAGUGGCUUUUCUUGUUAUUGUUUUUGUUUUUGUCUGCAGAACCAAAGUUAAGUGUAGUUAGUCAUUACUUGUACAGUUAAUAGUUGACAACUUGGCUAAUUGCUAAGUUUCUCUUGACAAGAUUGAUAUAUUCUCUCUAUUCUUUUGCCCUUU